AUGAACUAUAAACCUCCGGCGACGGCGGCGGCACCUUCGCCGUCGCCGUACGAUGACUGGUGGCGCCUGGCGAUGAUGGUUUCCACCUCGUCCAUGCGCUCCUCUUUUUACCACCACCAUCACCCGGGAGUGGCCGGAGGGUCGAGUCCUUCGCUGGUCGACGGUGGAACUUCGACGGCCGCGACUAGAUCGCCGCUCCUGUCCCAAAUAGUUCCAAACCAUCGCCGCUGGCCACUAUCGCCGCCACCGCCUUACACUUCACGCCGAUAUGUUGCAGGGGGGCCGGUUUCCGGCGGCGGUGGCCACCCGGCGGCCUGGUACGGCAAUCCGGCGGGCGCGAUUAUCGGCUCGUUAACGAUACCCGACUCGAGCGGUCAGAACAGUAAUGACGGUACGACGGGUGGAGGCGGCGGCGUCGGUGGUAGCGGUUCCGCAGGAGGAGGUCUCCACGCUGCACCCGGCACGCCCAACUCGUCCUCUUCGUCGUCGUCGCAGGGCAUGAGGCCGACGCCUUCGCCGACCGGUUCCGGUAGCGGAUCGCGCUCUAUGUCGCCGGCAGUAGGCCAGCAAAGUGUUCCGAUGCCUCCUCGUCCAUCCAGCAGUCACUCGCAAGCACCGACGAAUCAGCAGACGCCGCAGAAUCAGCUGGCAGGGAGUGGCGGCAGCAGCGGCGGCAACAGCAACAGCAGCAACCUCGCGCACAGCAACAACAACAACCACCAAUCGCAGGCGGGCGAGCAUCACGCGCGCGUAGCUUCGCCGAAUCGGCCCCCUUCGUCGACCCCUUCGUCCCUGCCACCGACGUCCCAGGCGCAGGGCAACGCGAUGGCCACGCAGCAGGGCGGCUAUCAGACGCAACCGCCGCACGCGGCGCCCCACAUGCACGGCGGUCCGUACAAGAUGGCACCCGGCCCGGGCGGUGGUCCGGUGGCCGGAGGGCCGCAGCAAAUGUCCCCGUACCCAGGGCCACCUCCACCGCCCCACCAAGCGCAGCAGCAGCAGCAGCAACAGCAACAGUAUUCACCCCACUCGCCGGCGGGUUACUCGCCCCGGCCUCAGUACCCGGGGGCCGCGUACGGCGUACCCGCGGCGCCACCGCCGGCACCUCCCGGGUCACAGCCGGCGAACGCGGUGCCACCGGGAGGCCCCGGUGGCUCUCCGCAUCCUCCGCCGGGCGGCUACCCGGGGCACCGGAUGCCGAACCACGUGGUCGGUGCCGGGCCCCCGCCACCGCCACACUCGCAGUAUCCGUCGCCCCACCAACCGUACCCGCCGCCCAGCUGGGGACCUCCGGUGACGCAGGGCGGUGGCGGCGCUCAUGUAAAUAAUCAUGUCCAGCAACAGUCACAGGGAGUUCCAUCCUCGCCGCGGCAGACACCGCCGCCACACCACCACCUGCAAGGUCCACCGGGCCAGCAGGGUGGAGGCCCUCCUCCGCCGCCACCCCAGAGUGGGUCUCCGCAACCGCCGCUCAACUAUCUGAAGCAGCACCUGCAGCAUAAAGGAGCGUACGGUGGCGCGCCACCCGGUGCUGGCGGGGCCACCGGAGGGGGUGCGCCGAGUCCGACACCUCCGCAGCAGCAGGGAUACGGCAACGGGCCGGGGAUGCACCCGCCGAUGGGGCCACCACACCACAUGGGCCCACCGAUGGGAAUGCCUCCGCCGAACCCGAGCAGUAUGGGCCCUCCGCCGCCCGCCGGAACGCCCCCCAGUCAGCCACCGGGUGGCGGGCAUCCGGGCGAGGGAGGUCAGCAGCCACCGCUGCCACCACCACCCCACCAGGGACCGGUGCCUCCGUCGGGCCACGGCCAUCCACAGCAGCAACCGCUGCCACUGCCGCCGCACCACGGCGGCGGCCACACGCAACAUCCUCCGCACGGGCACCCGCACGGUCCACACCCGCACGGCCAUCCGGAACCGCCCGGCGGUCCACCGCCACCGCAACAGCACGGCGGCCUAAUCAUGGGCGGAAUGCAGGAUAAUGGCCUCGGCGGUGCGGCGGUUGGCGGCGGCGGAGCUGGCAGCAACGCCAGCGGCGGCGGUCCGCCAUCAUCCCACCACCACCAGCACCAGCAGCAGCAGCAACAACAACAGCAACACCACCACCACAUUCAUCAUCAUCCAGUUACCUCACUCGUUACAACGGGACCUGAUGGCGCUCCACUCGACGAAGCGAGUCAGCAGAGUACCUUAUCCAAUACCUCAGUAGCUUCCGGUGAAGAUCCAGCGUGCUCGACGCCGAAAUCGCGGAAAAGCGAUCACUACAACAACCAAAGCCAUUUGGCGGCCAGCAACACCACGCCAUCGUCGUCUUCGAACGCGUCGCCCGGGCCGCACAACGCGCACGAGGACUUUGAGAUGAACGCGUCCCCGACGUCCUGGCCCCGGACGCCCGCUAGUCCAGUAUUUAACAGUCACGUUCCUCCUACGCCGGAGACUCCUUUUAGAUCAACUAAGAAAUCGGAUAGCCUUAACAAGCUGUACGAGAUGGACGACAAGCCGGACCGGCGAAUCUUCCUCGACAAGCUGCUGGCGUAUAUGGAUGAGCGCCGAACGCCGAUCACCGCCUGUCCGACGAUCUCGAAGACACCGUUGGAUCUCUACCGGCUCUACGUUUACGUGCAGGAGCGCGGCGGCUUUCUUGAGGUGUGUAAGGUUACCAAGAGCAAAACAUGGAAGGACAUCGCUGGCAUGCUCGGCAUCGGGGCCAGCAGUAGUGCGGCGUACACGCUCCGUAAGCACUACACCAAGAACCUGCUCCCGUUCGAGUGUAAGUUCGAUCGUGGGGGCAUCGAUCCCGGUCCCAUCAUUGCGCAGGUCGAGGCCGGGUCGAAGAAAAAAUCGGCCAAAACAACGUCAGUCCCGUCACCGGGAUCGUCAAAUUCGCAGGAUUCGUUUCCCGCACCCGGCAGUAGCAGUGCGUCGAUGGAUGGAUACGGUCCGUACCCGGGCAGUGGCUAUCCGCCCGGUUCGACCCCAGACUAUGUGCAGCAGCAGCAGCAACAGCAAGGUGCUGCCGUUCCAAGUGUUGGGCCAGCCGGAGCCGGAGCGCAACCGGCGCCUGGCCAGCAGCAACCUCCGCCGCAGCCCCAACAAAGGCCUCCGUCACAGCAGAGCGGCACUCAGUCGCCACAUCCGGGUUCGGGACCGCCUGCUUCGGGCGAUAACAUUAGUGUGAGCAAUCCCUUUGAUGAUCCCGUGGGUCCACAGCGUCCCCCGUAUCAGCAGGGUGCUCCUUAUCCACCGGUUUCACGUCCUCAAGGCGCUCCAUAUCAGGGACAGCCGGGUAGCUACGGACAGUACGGUGCUCCGGAUCAGUAUGGACCGGCGGCCGGUGCCCCUCCGGGUCAGUACCCACCACCACCUGGCAGCCAGCAAGGCCAGUAUCCCCCAGCGAAUCGGCCACUCUAUCCACCGUACGGUCCACCGGAAGCUGGAGACGGAUCUCCGUACAGGGGAACUCCACCAACGACGGGCGCGGUACCGCCACCAACGGCCGCCGAUCCCUACCGAGGCUACAGCAGUGCGCCGUAUCCUCCGCCACCUCAGCAGCGGCCUUAUCCGCCGCAAUCGCAACAACCGGCCAGUGGAGCGGGUGGUGCCGGAGGACCGCCCCCGGGAUCGUCCACAUCGCCUGCACCGGGCAGUGCCUCGCAACCACCGCCAGUCAGUGGAGCACCUUCGCAGCAGCAGCAACAGCAACAACAGCAACCUCCUUCGCAACAGCAGCCACCAGCGACGAUCGCGCAAGGCGGUCCCGGGUAUCCGUCACCGGCAACUCAACCUCCCCAGUCGGCCGCCGACUACUACCGCCAGCAGCAGGAGCAGCCUCUCCCAUACCCACAACCCACUCAGCCACGUCGUCAUCCGGACUUUGAGAAAAAUCAACAACCGUAUCCACCGUACCAGCGGCCACAGAUGUACCCAGGAGGUUGGCAGACUGGACCCGCAGGGCAAUACCGCGGCCAGUACCCGCAAAGUCCACAGCAACAGUGGACCCAUAACGGGCCGCGUCCGGCCUCUGGUGGACCCCCAGCCGGUCCACCUGGCAGCGGCCCCCCAGCUCCGGGAGCAGGGCCUCCGAACCAGUGGGGAGCAGCCGACGUCAAUCGUUACCCGCUCAAUCAGCCGCAGCCUCCUUAUCCCUCCCAUCAGCAGGGACAACAGCAGCCCUGGAACCAGAUACCACCCGCGUCACAGAGUUCCCCGCUACGGCCUCCCAUGCGCGGUGGUAAACCCUACCCACCUAUGGGCGGUUCGGCAGCCGGUGGUCCGGGUGUUCCACCGGGUAUUGGUGUACCUCCCGGCACACCCGGUAUGCCUGGUAUGCCACCGACCAGUGCUUCGCAGUCUCCGGUCGUAGGACCGCCAGGAACCGUUCCGAAUGCCGUCGUCGGCCCUCCCAACGUAGUUGGUGGACAACCGCUGGCAGGCGGAGUACCGCCCACCAGUGUUCCUUCGUCGAUCGGUGUUGGUGGCAUCGUGCCCGGAGCCGGUCCUCAGCCGCCGUGUGGAAACGUAGGUGCCAGCGGUGUCGGCGGAAUCGUAUCGCCCGUUGUGGGCAGUUCGUCACCCGUCACCGGACCGAAACCUCCACUACCGGUUACACCCGGUGGACCGGGUGGACCGGUGAACUCGGGACAACCGGGCGUGACGGGACCGGUGGGUACCUUCCAACCUCAGCAGCAGCAGCAGCAACAACCGCCAGCCACCGGCACCGGUGCUGGAGGUGUGCAGCAGAAACGGGACGUUGUGUUUCCACAUGACAGCGUUGAGGCGACGACACCGGUCCUCUACCGGCGGAAGCGCAUCACGAAGCUGGACAUUGGCCAGACGGAUGCGUGGCGAAUAUUCAUGGCCCUCCGGUCGGGCCUGCUAGUGGAGAGCACCUGGGCGCUGGAUGUGCUGAACAUUCUGCUGUUCGAUGACACCUCGGUAGCGUACUUCGGGCUGGCCCAUAUGCCGGGUCUGCUGAAUCUGCUGCUCGAUCACUUCCAAAAGAGUCUCUGCGACAUGUUCGACCAAGAGGGAACGGGAGGGGUCAGUAUUAAGAGCAGCAAUACCCAUGGAUCUUCGAGCCGGUGGUUCGGCCUCGAAGGUGAUCACGCGCUUACGGACGGUGAAUCGAGUGAGGAAGGUGACGAGCGGUCGCCACCGCCACCGCAACACAGUUCCAAGGAGGAUCAAGGAACCGCAUCGACGACCCUGAUGCUGGAGGUGACGAAGAGUGAGGCCGUGACGAUCAGGCUUGGAGAUCAGGCCAGCAUUAAGCAGGAGGGCGGCAAGCUACAAACGGAAAACGGUUCGCUGGUGACGAAUAACUACCAAAAUGGUGUCGUCGCCGUCAGCAGUCAACAUAACGGCAGCAGCCGGCAAGGAGCAGGGUCUCGGAAGCGAACGGCCAACAGUCACCCGCACCAACAUCGAUACUCCUCCAUAACGGCGGUUCGACGAGUGACCGCGGCAAGGCGAAGACAACUGGCGGCCGUGGUUGCGGCCGAAGAAGUAGAAGUGGUUGACGAUGAUGACGAUGAGCUGGUGGAGCUGGAUCUGGGUUCGGUAAAGAACCCACCGAACCCGGACGAUCGAACCGUGAUCUUCACGUCAACAACCAAUUACACGCUGACGACGAGGAAGGGCCGACCCGUAAAGCUGCACGCUGCCGAGGACGAUGUGUUCGUGUUGGCGCAUCGGCGCGACUGGGAUCGUGCGGCCGACUAUCAGUAUCAGCGCGACACGGAGGUGGGCGGCGAUCCGUGGACCGCCGGUCACACCGAUCCGGAUCCGCACCAUUACAUCAUGGACACGUUCCGGGCCGAGUUUGUAAACAUUCCAUUUGCGAAGUACAUCAAAACGAGCAAAAAGUACGCAGCGGCAGCGGCUGCGGCGGCGGCGGCGGCGACCAAGAAGAAUGCGACGAUAUCGGAGAAGGGUGUCAGCAACAACAACAACAACUGUAGCAGCACAAACAACAAUAAUAGUGAUAAAUGUGCGAGUAAAAAUGAGGGCGAACAGCAAAAUCAACCCCAGGAACCAUCACCGGCGGCGGUAGAAGUGAACGAAGUAGUAGAACCCAAUAAGACCGACCAGGAAGACCAGGACGAAGUCGUUCCAGCGGCUGCUGCUGCUGUGGAGCCAAUGGAAGUGAGCGAUGAUGAGAUAGUUUCCCUGGCAAAGCGAAAGAAAGAAGACGACACAACGCCCGCACCACCACCACCGCCACCAACCCAAUCGCAUUCGUUGCGCACGCGCAAAGAUCAUGCUGCGACGCGGCUUGUGAAUGGUGAAAGCGAAGAGGACGAUACGAUCACGACGCUGGUGGGCGAAAGCGGCGGUGUGGUAAGGAAGGGAGAGAAGGGAUCGAAACAUUACGGCAGUACGCUGACGACGAAGAAGGAAGGCAAAAUGAUGCUCCCCGGAGGUCCCAACGACGAUACGACGAUGGCGGAGGAAACGAAAGCAACGAAAAUGGGCGAAACUUCGAUUGAUGCCGAUUGUCGUGAGAUCGAUAUGGAACUCGAGAAAAGCUCCAGCCUUUCGAAUGGGCCACAGGAAGGUGCCGAAAGUGAUAAACCGAGCUCACCGGCAAAGCGGAAGGACGAACCGGACACAAACAGUGCCACCAUUGGGGAGAAGGCAUCCUCGGAACACAGUCAUUCACCUUCGAGCGUCGUUACCCAGAAGCAAGCGGAGCGAACCGAGCCGGAUGAUUGUGACGUCAAGAUGGAGGUCGAUGAAGAGCCAGUUCCGUCACAGAUGGUGGCGACCGACGAGGAAGCGGAUGAACGGCGGGGCGGAAGCCGUUCUCCGGUGGCGGCGAUCAAGAACGGCAGCAGAUUCAGCGUAGCGGAAACGGUACGCGAUCCGGCGCGGGUACUGAAACGGCGUCGCAUGAGCGACUACGAGGACGAAUGUUACACGCGAGACGAGGCGAGCCUGUUCCUCGUGACCGAGGGCCAGGAUGCGCUGGCGCGGCGCUGUGUGGCCAUCUCGAACAUACUGCGUAACCUCACCUUCCUGCCAAACAAUGAGACUGAAUUUUCCAAAUCGUCCCGCUUCCUGGCGGUCCUCGGCAAGCUGCUCCUGCUGAACCACGAGCACCCGAUGCGUACGAAAAAGACCCGAAACUACGAUCGCGAGGAGGAUGCCGACUUCUCCGACUCGUGCAGCAGCCUGCAGGGAGAGCACGAGUGGUGGUGGGACUUUUUGGUGCAGAUCCGUGAGAACAUGCUCGUGGCGACGGCCAACAUUGCCGGGCAGCUUGAUCUGUCGCGCUUCGACGAGCCAAUCUCGCGCCCGAUCCUCGACGGGUUGCUCCAUUGGGCGGUGUGUCCCUCGGCUCACGGGCAAGAUCCGUUCCCGACGCUCGGUCCGAACGCGGCACUGUCACCGCAGCGGUUAGCGCUGGAGGCCCUGUGUAAGCUGUGCGUCACGGACGCAAACGUGGAUCUGGUGAUUGCGACGCCACCGUUCUCGCGGCUCGAGAAGCUCUGCACCGUGUUGACGCGCCAUCUGUGCAAGAACGAGGAUCAGGUGUUGCGCGAAUUUUCCGUUAACCUGCUGCACUACCUGGCCGCCGCCGACAGCUCGAUGGCCCGCACGGUCGCCAUGCAGUCACCGUGCGUUUCGUACCUGGUGGCCUUCAUCGAGCAGGCGGAACAGACGGCACUCGGUGUGGCCAAUCAGCAUGGGAUUAACUUUUUGCGCGACAACCCCGACUCGAUGGGCACCAGCUUGGACAUGCUCCGGAGGGCAGCUGGCACGUUGCUGCACCUGGCCAAGCAUCCGGACAAUCGGCCUCUGUUUAUGCAGCAGGAACAGCGGCUGCUGGGGCUUGUGAUGAGCCACAUUCUCGAUCAGCAGGUCGCCUUGAUCAUCUCGCGUGUCCUCUACCAGUGUUCACGCGGCACCGGUCCGCUAACGACCAUGGAGAUCGAGUGUUCUACGUUCUCCGUACGCUCGAAAGAUGCAACACCAUCGUCUGCUGCUACAACAACGGCUCAUACCGCGAGUGUAGCGAGUAACGCAUCACCAGCAACCAUGGUGUCGACGACACUAACGGCAACGGCGUCGCCGUCUGCGGCCGCCACUAGCGACAGAAAGCUAGCGGCAGAAAAAGCAUCCAACAACGGUGACGUGACACGGCCAUCGACCGACAAUUCUUCGGCAAAUGUUGCCACGACGAAUGGGACGCCGGUGGCUGCCGCCGCGGCCGGUGUAAUCUUUAAUGGUGCUGCCUGUCAAGAGGAAACUUUGGCACGAAAACCUACUUAUGAUGCCCUCUCGACAACAGCAACGGCUGCAGCUGCUGCGGCUGACCCAUUAUCGCCGACAGCGGCUGGCGAGGGUUCUAAUAAAGCCGCUCUCAUCAGCAACUCAUCUUCCAGCAGCAGUAGUACCAGCAACUGUAACGAUGAGGAAUCGACGGUUGAAGAGCAGUGCGCGGCAAACACUACGCCGACCACGGCAAUUGCAUCGUCCGGCACGGGGACAACCGCUGUUUCGAUUGGUAGUGGCAACGGGAGCAGCAAUAGCCCCAGCAGUGUACCUGCUCCAACGACCACUACCUCUUCGACGGCGCCAGUGGCCAAUGCCGCUACUGCUGCAGCAGCAGCACCUCCACCGCAGCAAUCGCAACAUCCGAUCACGGCAUCGUCGUAG